CAUCUUCCACUCCACAAACUUCCAAAAACCCUCUGCAACUUCGAGCUCUUAUAGAGGUGAAAGAGAGGAGAAAAUGAUGCUUGGAGAGCCUCACCGGCCUCCCAACCCGACGAUCGAUGUCCCUCCGUGGCCGAUCCUCGACGAUCCGACGGACGAUGCGGUCGCUCACUCUCCGUACUCUCCUUAUUCGGUCAAUGCCAGCUUCGGCUGUUGCGACUCAUCUCCCUCCGCCGCGAGCCCCGGGCACCUCCAGGAUGUCAUGGCGGCGCUCCGGAGGUAUCUGCCGUCGAACCGCCCCGAUACGGACUCCGACUCGGACCUCCCGUCGUCGCGCGAGGCGGACUUCCCCAUGGACGUCUACUCGUGCGACAGCUUCCGCAUGUACGAGUUUAAGGUGAGGCGGUGCACGCGAGGGCGGUCGCACGACUGGACCGAGUGCCCCUAUGCUCAUCCCGGGGAGAAGGCCCGCCGGAGGGACCCGAGGAAGUACCACUACUCCGGCACCGCGUGCCCGGAGUUCCGCAAGGGGAGCUGCCGGAAGGGCGACGCGUGCGAGUUCGCGCACGGCGUGUUCGAGUGCUGGCUCCACCCGGCGCGCUACCGGACUCAGCCGUGCAAGGACGGCGUUGGGUGUCAGCGGCGCGUGUGCUUCUUCGCGCACACGCCGGAGCAGCUUAGGGUGGUGACCCCGCAGCAGAGCCCCAGAGGGGCUGCGAGGCAGCUUCCGUUCCUGGCCUCUCCGAGCACUGUCUCGCCGGAGGAUUCGCCGCCGAUGUCGCCGAUGGCGGCCGCGGUGACUCACCAGUCUCUAAGCCGGUCGCUCGGGUCGAGCUCCGUGAACGAGAUGGUGAUGGCCUCGCUGAGGAACCUGCAACUCGGUAAGGUUAAGUCUCUGCCUUCCUCUUGGACUGCAAAUGCUCACGCCGCCACCGCCGCCGCCAGCACCACCGGUUCAUUCGGGUCGCCGCUGCGACCCGGGUUCUGCAGCGUGCCGACGACCCCGACCCGCGUUGCGCCCCGGUCGGGGAUGGGUUAUUUGGAUUUCUGGGACCAGGUGGAGGAGGAGGAGGAGCCGCUGAUGGAGAGGGUGGAGUCAGGGAGGGACUUGAGGGCAAAGAUGUUCGAGAAGCUGAGGGAGGAGAGCUCUCUGGGCCGGGCCGAGCCGGAGCAGCCGAGCCUCAGCGGUGGUGGGCCGGAUGUUGAGUGGGUAUCGGAUCUGGUGAAUUGAUUCGGAUCCUGGGAAGUGGGGAAGCGACAAGCGAGUGGGUUCUUGGUGGUUCCUGUUUUUUUGGGGUUCUGUUUGCAGUGUACAGAACAUGGAUGGAUGGAUGGAUGGAUGGAGAGAGGGUUUGUGGUCUCCAGAGCAGAAGCAGCAAUUCAAGAUUCGGUGUAUAUAUAAGUCUAGUAUCAAAUUAUCAAUUAAUCAGCAUAUAUAUAUUUAUAUGUGGUUAUAGAUACAAAUAUUGCGGCAAAAGAAAUUGUGUUCCUUGAUGGAAAGCUCACAUGGAAGCU